CACAGAUAGAGUGAUUUCAUGAGCAAGAGAGAGACACAGAGGCAGAGAGGGAGAGCACAAAGCAGAGAUGGGGACCGAACACUGAGGCAGAGGCAGUUGGCAUGACUGAGAUCUGCACACAAACGUGAGCAAAGGCGGGGAGGGAGGAAGAGAGUGGAGGUUGAAGGAGAGCCGGAGGAGAGGGAGAGAGAGGGAUGCAAGAUGAUGGAACCCAGAAAUAGGCUUCACAGGACAGCUCCUCAUCCCCGCUCUCUGCGGAAGACAUGACUCUGGGCAUUGGACUGUGCCGAAAUUAGCCAGGGGGACAACACAGGACAGCAGGUCUGCAGCACACUGCCUUGGUUCAGCCUCACUGGAUGCAGCUAGGCAGCUGAUUUAUUACUGAGGGGCUGGGUGGUAGCGUGUUUGUGUGUACGGCUCUGAGUGUGUGUAUGCAGGUUUUUAUGGGUUCUUGAAGUGCUCAGAGCCGUAGGAGCAACCAUUCCUUCAGUCGUAAAAUGACAUUCAGCAGGCAGGAGCUUUGUGUGCUGGUGUGCAUCUGCAGUCCUCAGUAGGAAGUGGGAGAGAGGGAGUCAGAGCUGUCAUCGAGUGCAAGUGUGUGUCUUGUCGGUGCCGUUUACUGAGGGGAGCCGAGGAGGAUCAGCUAAAUGCGGUGUGUGUGUUUAGGUUAGAGUAGCAAGGGUGCAGCAAAGGCAAAGAUCCUACACAAUGCAAGGACGAGCGCAGAGCAGCACUGAUGGCAUGGAGUGCAGCUGAAGUAUAAGGAGUGCCCUGGGGGUAGGGUGGAGGACGACGGCAGGGACAGACGAGAAAGAGGAGAAAAGAGCAAGGUGACGAAGAGAGGCAAGUGGACAAGAGAGGGUGAUCAUGGCUGUCAUAUGGUGAGCUAUAGCAUAUGCUGUAGCGCAGAAGAGACUGGUGCGGCAGGGAGAGGACAAGCAUCACUGCAGAGGGGAGGGGGAGAGACUGAGGGAGAGAGGAGGAGGAGGAGGCAAUCAGCUCAGCACCUCUCCUCAAGCAGGAAGAGAAGCACAACGGGACAGGCCCAGGAGAAGACACACUCACUCACACACACAAAGUCAAAGACAUACUGACGAGUGGCAGGGUCAGCGUGUAGAGGUCAAAAAGGAGCUGGUGUGGGACAGGGAGGGGGGGCUGGGUGAACCCCCGCUGGCUGGCAGGUUCACAAGAGGGCAGGCCGGUCCUGGGAAGAAGAAGAAGAAGAAGAAGAAGAAGGAAUCUGUCAGAGAAAGAGGGGUCUGCUCCCCAGGUGCUGUUUCCUUUGACAGCUCUGCCACCUUUCCAUCACCAUGGGAGAAUGGACGAUUUUGGAGAGGCUGCUGGAGGCGGCUGUCCAGCAGCACUCUACCAUGAUUGGAAGGUGGCCAGAAAAGGGAGACCGAAGGGAUGUCCGUGUUGCUCUGUUUCUGCUGGAUAUGAUCCUGCUGACUGUGGUGGUGAUCUUCCGUAUCCUGAUAGUUGGCAUAGUGGGCGAGAAGGUUUAUGAGGACGAGCAAAUUAUGUUCAUCUGCAACACCAUGCAGCCCGGCUGCAACCAGGCUUGUUAUGACAAGGCCUUCCCCAUCUCGCACAUCCGCUACUGGGUCUUUCAGAUCAUCCUGGUGUGCACGCCGAGCCUGUGCUUCAUCACAUAUUCUGUUCAUCAGUCUGCCAAAGCGCGUGACCGAAGCUAUUCUCUCCUGCACCCCCACAUGGAUCACCAUGGUCACGGCCACCACGGGCGCCAUCACGAUCAUCAUCGCAAGCUUCACUCUCGCAACAUCAAUGGCAUCCUGGUGCACCCUGACAGCAGUAAGGAGGACCACGACUGCCUGGAGGUCAAAGAGAUCCCCAACGGACCCCGAGGACUCCCUCAAACACACAAGAGUUCCAAAGUGCGACGGCAGGAAGGCAUCUCACGGUUCUACGUCAUCCAGGUGGUGUUCCGCAAUGCGCUGGAGAUCGGCUUUCUGGCCGGCCAGUACUUCCUGUACGGCUUCAACGUGCCGGGGAUGUUUGAAUGCGAUCGCUACCCGUGUGUGAAGGAGGUGGAGUGUUACGUGUCCCGGCCCACAGAAAAGACCGUGUUUCUGGUCUUUAUGUUUGCAGUAAGUGGCAUAUGUGUGGUUCUCAACCUGGCUGAGCUCAACCACCUUGGCUGGAGGAAGAUAAAGACGGCCAUGCAAGGGGUGCAGGCCCGAAGGAAGUCCAUCUGUGAAGUGCGCAAGAAGGAUGUUUCGCACCUGUCCCAGGCCCCCAACCUGGGCAGGACCCAGUCUAGUGAGUCAGCCUAUGUCUGACAGAGGCUUCUCAGCCUGGGGGCUCGAGGACCUCUUAGAUUUUGGAGAAGAGCUUUUCCCUGGCCCAGGACCCCCGAUCAUUAGGGCACAAAACUCACCGCUGCAUAAUUAUUCAGGAGCACAGACGGACUCUGUGCAGUCAUGAUGAAGCAUCAAUUCACAAAGUAGAGACUUUGACACUUGAAGAGAGACUUUCCUAAAAGAAAAAGCAACUGUGUUGCUGAAACAAAGCUUACACCUAAAGCUUACAUGCUGGAGAGUUCUGCUCUGUCUAGGUGACACUAGCUGCCUUCAAAGAACCCAACAGAUACAACUGAGCAAUUGAUUAAUAGUGAAAUCAAAUGAAAAUGAAAAUACUGUGUCUGAGGUCGACUUAACUCAAGCUUUUUCAUUAUUUGCCUUUGCUGUAGGUCAGAAAUAAUCCCCUCAGUUUUUAGUUAUGUGUGCAUAUGCAAGAGCUUAGGCGUGUGCAUGCAUACGCAUGUGUGCGGGGGAAAAAAGCCAAUCUCUGACUUUAAGACUGAAAAAGGAAUGCCAAGCUUAUCCGAGCUAUCUGAGAGAAAGAUAAUGUUAUUUCUCACUGUCCAUAGUCUUUGAGUGGAGCCACUCGGCAGACAAACAAGCACCUUUUUAAACAUGUUCUCGGCAAGUGACAAAAUGUCAAACACAAAAAAAAAAACAACUGCAACAAAAGAAACUAUGAGCAUAAGCUGGUAUAUGACACAGAAUUUGUUGUCAGAGUCUUUUUCUUAAAAAAAAAAAAAAAAGAGUCACUAUUCUUCUUCAUAUUUGUUGCAUUAGGUGCCAGUCAGACUGCAGUCUGACAUUGCCUGGGAACUUUGCUCUGAGCGAGACACAUGGUGCAUUGUAGAUGAGUUAGGUUUACUUUUCAAAGCGGUGUUAUGCACUGCGGUGCUCCCGUUGCCUGCAAGAACGAAACAGAAAUGUGCGCCAGUCUUUCAAUUUCAGCUUGUUUAGUGUGAUCGCUGGCAAAGCGGAUGAAUGGAGUUUUUUUUCCUUUUUUUUAAACAGGACAAAUGUUGUAGUCACAAAUAUUUUAAUGUGUAAUCUCAUGUAUUUUUUUUUUCACAAGCAGAUUUGGUGCCAUAUUUUUUUUCAAAGUUACUGUACAUAGAUGAAAUUUGAUAAGUACAUGUAGCCAUUUUCCUGUGUGGUAUAGAGGGGCGUCACUUAGAUGGGGGAAUAGGGAUUUGGGGGGUAAUGAAGAUUAAUCAUAGAUUGCCAGCUUUAACAAUAUGUAUUAUUAAUGUGCUUUUUGUUAAGCCUUCACCCUCUAAUGAAGAGUAUAUGUACCGAAAAGUGUUUUCCCCCUAUGGACUUUGAAAAAGGCAUGUUACUCAAGCAUUAAUAGAAUGGAUAGAUUAUGACAUGUAUCUAAAAGAACUGUUUAAUUGAUUUGCAUCCUGCUCCUGUGAAAUGUAAUACUCAGCAUGCAUGAAGAUGAAAAAUAUGAAGAGAUAUCAACAUAGAAUCCCAUUGUGGGAAUAUUGAAAGUGAAUAAGUGAAAGGCUCCAGAACUGCAGCAAUAAUUAUAAUAAUUAUAAUAAUAAUAAUAUAUAGUAUGUGAAAAAAAAAAUAUGUGAAUAAAUUAUUAUGCAAAUAGUUAUUCUGGUUGUGCUGUGUUUAACAAAGAAAUAUUAACUACACCUGCCAUUUUACUUAAAUAGGGAGGUUGUGACAAUUACACAUUCUGAAUAAACCACACUACUGCCAAUCACAAUGUGACAAUACUCCAAGUUAAAGUUCCACAUUCAAAAUGUUUCUUUAAUAAAAAAGAAAGGUUUUUUUCCUCCAGCAAAAUGUAAUUAGAGAAUCAAAGUUAAAAGUUGAAGGUAAAAGCAGUUGUUGUGAAGAAAAAUGUUGCCUCUGAGUGUUAUAUUAUCAAUUAUUAUAUUAUCGGAUUGUUAAUGAUGAUGAACUUUUUACUGUUAAAGCUGUUCAAUGUGGAGCAAAUUCUGUCAACUUCAAAUACAAUGAGGUGUUUUCAGUCGCACAGAUUUUAAACCGCCUGUGCAUGUAUUAUUCACUACUGAGAAAUGAUACAUCUCUCUGAGA